GCUGCCGCCCCGGCCCCCUCCGCCCCCUUCCCCCCGCGCCGCCUCAGCCCCGGGCCAUGCCCGGAUAGUGCCCUCUUCCCCGGCACACGGCGGGGCCCCGGCUGAGCCCCCUCCGCGCCGCGGCGUGCCGGGCCCCGCGCACCGUCCUGCCGAGCCCCGCACACGCUCCCCAUGGCCGCCCCGGCCCUGCCCCGGCCCUGAGCGACCCGCGCAGCCGAGCCGCGAUCCCCUCCAUGCCCCCGCCGAGGCCGCGCUGCCCCUGAGCCCCGGAGCUGCGGCCCGUUUCCUGGAGGCAGUGGCGCCGGUGUGGGACCAGAAAGAUGUUCUCGGCCCUGAAGAAGCUGGUGGGCUCGGACCAGGCGCCGGUCAGAGACAAGAACAUCCCCGCGGGGCUGCAGUCCAUGAACCAGGCGCUGCAGAGGAGGUUUGCCAAGGGAGUCCAGUAUAACAUGAAAAUUGUCAUCCGAGGGGACAGGAACACUGGGAAAACCACACUCUGGCACCGGCUGCAGGGAAAGAAAUUUAUUGAGGAAUACAUUCCAACUCAGGAGAUCCAAGUCACCAGCAUCCACUGGAAUUACAAAACCACUGAUGAUAUUGUUAAAGUUGAAGUCUGGGAUGUAGUUGACAAAGGAAAAUGCAAAAAACGAGGAGAUGGUUUGAAACUGGAAAAUGACCCUCAGGAGGCAGAGUCAGAAAUGGCUCUGGAUGCAGAGUUCCUGGACGUCUAUAAAAACUGCAAUGGUGUAGUGAUGAUGUUUGACAUCACCAAACAGUGGACAUUUAACUAUAUUCUGAGGGAGCUUCCUAAGGUGCCGACCCAUGUUCCAGUGUGUGUGCUUGGCAAUUACCGAGACAUGGGGGAGCACCGGGUGAUCCUGCCCGGCGACGUGCGGGACCUCAUCGACAACCUGAACAGGCCUCCAGGCUCCUCGUAUUUCCGCUACGCUGAGUCUUCCAUGAAGAACAGCUUUGGCCUCAAGUACCUGCACAAGUUCUUCAACAUCCCCUUCUUGCAGCUGCAGAGAGAGACGUUGCUGAGGCAGCUGGAGACGAAUCAGCUGGAUAUUGAUGCAACUUUGGAGGAGCUGUCAGUGCAGCAAGAGACAGAAGAUCAAAACUACGAACUCUUCCUCGAAAUGAUGGAAGCCCGAAGUCGAGGCCACACGUCGCCGCUAACAACGAACGGGCAGAGCCCUUCCUCUGGCUCCCAGUCACCCAUCGUCCCUCCCAGCUCCACGUCCACAGGCAGCUCCAGCCCUGGCACCCCUCAGCCUCUUUCCACCACCUCCACCAUCUCCCCUGAGCCCCCUGCCCCGUUCUCAGCAGCGCCCGUCCCCGAGGCCCAGCAGCCCCCCACGGCCCCGGCUGCGGCCCCGGCCCCGAAGCGUGGCAUCAUCGCGCGCCUGUUUGGGACAUCCUCUGCCUCAGAGCCUUCUCCUCCCCAGCCAGAUGCUGCUGCUGCCACGCCUCCUCCUCACCCUGAAGCCCCUGCAAAAGUACAGAGUGUGGAGGACUUUGUUCCUGAUGACAGCCUGGACCACAGCUUUCUAGAGGACUCAGCCCCACAAAAGGACAAAGGGAAGCCACAAGCAAAACACCGUGUCGACAGUGAAAGCGAUGGAGAGGUGCCUGGAGGGAACCCCAUGGUGGCAGGUUUCCAAGAUGACCUGGAUCUGGAUGACAAAAUCCCCAGCAGGCCCAUGCUGGCAGCAGAGAGGGUGCCCAGCAAGAACAUCACCCUGUCCAGCGAGGAGGAGGAGGAAGAGGGGAAGGACUCUAAGGUCAUGCUCAUAGCUGAUGAAGACAUUGACAUGGAGCAGGGAAAAAAGAGGUCUUCCAGAAGUUCUGUGAAACCACAGAGUGAAGCACUUUUGACCAAAGCAACUGACCAGAAGCCUCCUGACAGUUUACCUCCACGUUCUGGAUCUGAAAGAAACAGCAGCAGCAAGGUCAACAGUAGCCUGCCAGCUGCCCCUGCUGCCACCCCAGCAGCCAUCCAGGCCCCAAAGACCACUUCCCAAAGCAGAGGACAUGCUCUCAAGCAGAAAGUGGUCAAAGAGGAAAAGCCUGAGGAGUCUGACAGUGACCAAGAGGGACCAAUAGCUACUCAGAUGCUCUCAUUUGUUAUGGAUGACCCAGACUUCGAAAGUGAGGAUUCUGACAGCCAGAAGAAGAAAAUGGAUGAAUUCCCAGUCCGGGAAGAUCUCUCUGAACUCUCUGAUGAUGAUACCUCCUUGGCAAAGCCACCCCAGCCUGUGAAAUCAACAGUCCCCUCCUUUAAACUGAAAAAUGACUCAGAUCUCUUUGGUUUGGGUUUGGAAGAGCCUGGUCCCAAGGAGAGCAGUGAGGAAGACAAACAACCUUCUAAGGAGAAGAAGAAGAAGAAAAAGAAAAGCAAAGAGGAAGAGGAGAAGUCCAUGAAAAAGAAGAGCAAACACAAGAAGAGCAAAGAGAAGGAGGAGGGCAAAGAGGAGAAGAAGAAAAAGAAAAAGAAGAGCAAAGAGAAAAACAGUGAGAUAGAUGAACUGGAGGCUUUUCUGGGAGGAGGAGGAGCUGGUGUGAGCAAGCCACGAGGAGGUGGGGACUAUGAGGAGCUGUAGGGCUGCCUGGGUGUGCAGCAGAACUCUUCUGUCGUGGCUGUCUCCAUCUUUUCGUACGACCCACACACCAGGACAGGUGCAGAUGUGUAAAGCUUUGGCCAUUUGCUGCCUGUUCUUUCAAAACAGCUGGCAGAGCAAAAGCUUUACAUCUGUGUGCUCUGCUCUGGUGCGUUCCUUACACGAAGCUGAGAUGUACUCGAGUAAGGGGAAGGCUGAGGGCCAGUUCCCAGCCCUGCUUCCAGGCUGUGGUUUUCCCUCUUUCCAGAGAUGCCCUGUGGGGAGCUGGCAGGGUGUGGGGAGCCAAAGGACCUGCCUCCUGCACUGCCACUGCUAUAUUCCACUCCUGCACACCUGAAAUUCCUGUCUUGUUCGGAGGAGUGCAACACAACCCACCGCAUGAACGCCUCGUGCUCGCCUGUCUCAAGUCUUUAACUUCUUACCCUUCCUGGUUUUAUAACUGACAGAGGUGGUAUUUGGCCAUUGCUCCACCCAGCAGUUGAUGAGCUUGAAGUCGAGCAGCUCAUGCUAUGGCACAGCUCCCUGAAACAGCAGCACAGGGCCAGAGUGACAGUGAGAGUGUGUGUGUGUGUGUGUGUGUGUGAGUGAUUCCAGAGUCCUCUGAACGGGACCUUUCUGCACAGCAGCUUAAGGAGCACUCACUGGUGCUGCUGUUGGAGUUCAUGAAGCCCCACUGAUUUCCCUGGCCCCAGUGUCUCAGACACUACAUGUAAGCUGCUAUGCAGUUUGGGAAAACAAUGCAAGGUGCAAAGCUAACCUGAAAAAGAGAGAGAGAAAGAAGAAGGAAAUCAGUGCUUGUCCGUGUUGCCCAGCCUGGGGUUUGCAUCCCCCAGACUCCCCUCCCAGUGGUACCUCUCAGGGACAUGACUCUCGUGUGGACAUGAGGAUAUGCAGAGCUUCAGGACUUGCUGACAGGGCAGUGUUGGCAUGGCAAGGCAUCUGCUUCUCAGGCAUUUUACAGUCACGCUGUAGAACCCCGGCCCUGAGAGGGCCCGUGAGCGCUGCAGCUCAGGCAGUGUCCCAGCAGCACUGCCUCUCCCUGCCCCGAGGGAAGAGCCCCCUCCCCAGCCCUCCAGCUGGGAAGCCUUUUUGGUUUUGCUUUGGACUUAAGGUUGGUGCCUGCUCAGCAGCACCAGGCACUGCAGGGCCAGCCCUUUGCCCCUGCCUGUCCCAGUGAGCAGCCCCUGUGUCUGAUGGAGCCUGUUCAGCUCUCCCUGUCCCCUCCUCUUUGGUUCUGCUGUCCCUCUCGCAGCCCAGGCAGUGCAGCUCCCUCCAGGUCUGUGCAUUACAUUACCCUUGUUGCUUGCAGGUUGAUUUGAGGUUUGAUUUUGUUCUCCUUCUCCCCUUUUUGUUGUAACUUGUCAGCCAUGAAACCCAAGCUGGGCUUUCCUUCUACAUCCCUCUAAAGCAAGGUGUUCUUUUGCCCCUUUACCCUCUCCAGAGCUGCCUCAAGCAGCAGGCAGUUACCUGCUCCUUUUUUUUUCUCUUCCCCCAGCCCCUAAAUGCACUUGGAACUGUUUCUCUGUCAAACCAAGUGGGUUUUUUUGCUGCAUGAGCAGUACAUUGUUCAGGUCUGUUGUUAGCAUUUGCCUCCUCCUCUGAGCAUUACUCACAUUCCACGUGAUGCUGUAGGGAAGUUGCAUGGCACAGCUCAACCUUUGCACGUGUGGGGAGGAGAAAGGGGCUGUGGACAUGAGCUGUGGGGGGUCUCUUGGGAAGGGGAGGGCAGGAGUUGGAGCUGCAGCCACUGCAUCCCUGAAGGCAACGUCUGUUCUGUCAAGAUUUUGGGUCAUGUUCCAUUUUGCAUCAAAAAGCAAACCCCACCCUGGUACAAUCCAUUCUGACUAUAAAGUUCUGUUGUACAA